ACUCGGCACAAACCAGAAGGACGUAGUAAGAAAGGCCUUUCACUCUUUUGGGAGUGAAAAGCAAAAGCCAUGGAAGGUCUUCUGCGACCUCUGUUCAGCUCCACCACCUUCUUAUCCCCCAUACCCACAACCUAUAGACUUCGACUGCCAUUACAGUUCCUACCUCCAAAACCCAAAUGUUUUUGUCAAUUUUCCACCACCUUCACUUUGUCUAUAAACCUCUCAACCCCAUCUCGUCUUCCUCUUUCUGUUUUUUUUGCGACCCAAGAGAGCCAAGUAAGCGUUGAUGCCAACAAUGAAACAAGAGAGUGGGCAAUGCAAGAUUUUUAUUCCUUAAGAAAGGAUGUAGAAACUACCUCAGAACGUGUUGAAGAAAUAAGAGCCUCUGCUGGUCUGCAACAAUUAGAACAAGAGCUUGAAGAUUUGGAAUCAAAAGCAGCUGGUAGCUCCUUCUGGGAUGAUCGAGCUAAGGCUCAACAAACCCUUUUGGCCUUGACUGAUGUCAAAGAGAGGAUAAAAUUGCUUAAUGAGUUCAAAACUAAGGUUGAAGAUGCAGAAACAAUAGUUAAGCUAACUGAAGAGAUGGACUCCACGGACACUGCACUUCUUGAAGAGGCUUCGAGUGUCAUCAAGGAAUUGAACAGGGGAUUGGAUCGUUUUGAGUUGACUCAACUUCUUUCUGGUCCUUAUGACAAAGAAGGUGCUGUUAUAACUAUAACAGCUGGUGCUGGUGGUACUGAUGCUCAGGAUUGGGCUGACAUGCUUCUCAGGAUGUAUGUUAGAUGGGGGGAGAAACAGAGAUAUAAGACUAGAGUGGUUGAGAAAUCCCCAGGUGAAGAAGCAGGGAUUAAAUCAGCAAUAAUCGAAGUUGAAGGUCGUUAUGCUUAUGGAUAUUUGUCUGGUGAGAAAGGAACUCAUCGAAUUGUUCGACAAUCUCCUUUUAAUGCCAAAGGACUUCGCCAGACGAGCUUCUCUGGUGUUGAAGUCAUGCCUCUUCUUCCUGAAGAAUCAAUGGAUGUUGAAAUACCUGAGGAGGACCUAGAAAUAAGUUUUUCAAGGGCAGGUGGCAAAGGAGGCCAGAAUGUGAACAAAGUUGAAACUGCUGUCCGGAUUACUCACAUCCCUACUGGAGUUACUGUUCGCUGUACAGAAGAAAGAUCCCAGCUAGCAAACAAAAUCAAAGCUCUUAGCCGAUUGAAAGCAAAAUUACUAGUCAUUGCAGAGGAGCAACGAGCAUCUGAAAUCAAGCAAAUUCGUGGAGAUGCCGUGAAGGCUGAGUGGGGCCAACAGAUACGAAACUAUGUCUUCCAUCCGUACAAACUGGUCAAAGAUGUACGGACAGGGGUUGAGACAUCAGAUAUUGCUUCUGUAAUGGAUGGUGAAUUGGAAGCUUUCAUCAAAGCUUAUCUCAAGCAUAAAUACUCUCUCACUUUGUCUGCUAGCGGUGUUAACUGACAUUUCACUAUAUUUGUUUAUAAUAUAAACUUCUUGUUAUGUAUACGAAGAUAAAAUGUGAAUGCUACAUUUUUAUGGUUA